GCAGGUCACCAGUCCUCUUUCUUAAAGGUGGUUUGUAUAAAACCCUCCACACCGGUUUGUCAUUGAUGCCCAGAUCCAGUCUCCUCCUCCACACCGUGUCAGGCCUCACAUCCAGCUUGCUCCUGUUCAAGAUAAACAUUGAAACUGGUGAGAAAGAUCAUUUCACUGUGUUCUGCUGUAAACUGAGCAAAGAACCAGAAGGAAAUAGACCAGACCUUGAAUAUCUAGAAGAGCAGCGUGGCCUGAACCACAACUGAGCCGCAGCCGGUGCAACAUGGACGAGGACACUUCAGAGCAAGUUGGACCCUCAACCACAAAAGGUCAGGACCACAGACUGAGAGCAGAGUCUCCAGGGUCCAGCUGUCUGUCUCUGAAGAGUGACCGGUCCAUGAGAGAACCUCCUUUCUUCAGUAAAGAACCUGGACCUUCACACACAGAGGAGAGGAAGAGGAGUCAUGUUUCUGAGGAGGAGCAGUCGUCCUGCUGUGCUUCGUGUCAGGACGUCCUGAAGGAUCCAGUCUCCACCAGCUGUGGACACUGGUUCUGCAGACAGUGCAUCACCUCAUACUGGGACCAGUCUGGUUCUUCAGGAGACUCCUCCUGUCCCCAGUGUGGACAAAGAUCCAGAACAGGAGCUGGAGCAGAUCGUGGUCUGCAGGAGGUUUCAGAUGAACAUAAGCUCAGUGUGAGGAGGAGAUGUGAACAUGUGACUGAAGGAAGUGAUGAAACAGGAAGUAGAACCCUCCUCAACAGGAUCUACACUGAGCUCCACAUCACAGAGGGACAGAGUGAAGAGGUUAAUACUCAACAUGAGGUGAGGCAGCUUGAGACGGCUUCCAAGAAGAAGAUCCUCCACGACACUCCCAUCAAGGUCCACGACAUCUUUAAAGCCUCCACUGACCAGCAGAGCAGCAUCAGAGUCGUCCUGACCAACGGCGUCGCUGGUGUUGGAAAAACCUUCUCGGUGCAGAAGUUCACUCUGGACUGGGCAGAGGGUUUAGAGAACCAGGAUGUGGGUCUGCUGGCUGUGCUUUCGUUCAGGGAGCUGAACCUGGUGAAGGACCAGCAGCACAGUCUUCUCACGCUGCUCCAUGUUUUCCAUCCAGCGUUACAGAAGCUCACGGCAGAGACGCUCGCUGUCUGUAAACCUUUGUUCAUCUUUGACGGCCUGGAUGAAAGCAGACCUUCUCUGGACUUCAACCACAGGGAGCUUGUGUCUGAGGUCACACAGAGGUCAUCAGUCAACGUGCUGCUGACAAACCUCAUCCGGGGGAAUCUGCUUCCCUCGGCUCUCGUCUGGAUAACCUCCAGACCUGCGGCGGCCAAUCAGAUCCCUCCUGCAUGUGUUGACAGGGUCACAGAAGUACGAGGCUUCACUGAGGCCCAGAAGGAGGAGUACUUCAGGAGGAGAUUCAGUGAUGAAGAGCUGUGCAGCAGAAUCAUCUCACACAUCAAGACGUCCAGGAGCCUCCACAUCAUGUGUCAAAUCCCAGUCUUCUGCUGGAUCAGUGCUACAGUUCUGGAGCACAUGUUGACCACAGACCAGAGAGGAGAGCUGCCCAAGACCCUGACUGACCUGUACUCACACUUCCUGCUGGUUCAGACAAAGAGGAAGAACAACAAGUACGGUGAGGGACAUGAGACGAGUCCACAGCAGCUGACGGAGGCUGACAGGGACGUUCUGCUGAAGCUGGGGAGGCUGGCACUUAAACAUCUGGAGGAAGGAAACAUCAUGUUCUACCAAGAAGACCUGGAGCGGUGUGGUCUUAAUGUCACAGAGGCCUCGGUGUACUCAGGAGUUUGUACUGAGAUCUUCAGAAGAGAGUGUGUGAUCUUCCAGAAAUCAGUCUACUGCUUUGUUCAUCUGAGCGUUCAGGAGUUUCUGGCUGCAGUCUACAUGUUCCACUGUUACACCGAGAGGAACACAGAAGAACUCAAGAACUUCUUGGGAACAUAUGGGGAGGCAGACAGUACCUUCUCCCUGGAUGACCUCCUGAAGAGAACCAUGAAGAAAUCCCUCACCAGUACAAAUGGUCAUCUGGACCUGUUUGUUCGCUUCCUUCACGGCCUCAGUCUGGAGUCCAACCAGAGAGUCUUAGGAGGCCUGCUGGGUCGGACAGAGAACAAUCCAGAGAUCAUCCAGAGAGUCAUCAACAACCUGAAGGAGAUGAAUAGUUAUAACAUUUCUCCUGACAGAAGCAUCAACAUCUUCCACUGUCUGACUGAGAUGAACGACCACUCAGUUCAUCAGCAGAUGAAACAGUUCCUGUCGUCAGAGAACAGAUCAGAGGAGAAACUCUCUGAGAUCCAUUGCUCAGCUCUGGCCUACAUGCUGCAGAUGUCAGAGGAGGUUCUGGAUGAGUUGAACCUGAAGAAGUUCAACACAUCACACCAGGGUCGAUGGAGACUGAUCCCAGCUGUGAGGAACUGCAGGAAGGCUCGACUCAGUGGUUGUGAACUCUCAGUGACUCACUGUGAAGUCGUGGCCUCAGCUCUGAAGUCAGACCCCUCACAUCUGAGAGAACUGGAUCUGAGUGGAAGCAUUCUGCUGGAUUCAGGAGUGAAGCUGCUGUGUUCUGGACUGGAGAGUCCAAACUGUCGACUGGAGACUCUGAGGUCACAGACUGGACUGAGGUUGAGGUGCUGCAGUCUGUCAGAGAUCAGCUGUUCUUCUCUGGCUUCAGCUCUGAGGUCAAACCCCUCUCAUCUGAGAGAACUAGAUCUGAGACACAACAACCUGAAGGUCUCAGGAGUGAAGGAGCUUCUUGAUCUACAGCAGAGUCCAACCUGUCGACUGGAGACUCUGAGGUGGGAGGGGGAGUCUGAGUGGACUGACUGGAGGUGAGAGUGAAGAGGACAGUGUGAAGAGGACAGUGUGAAGAGGACAGUGUGUGUGGACGGAGGCUGAGCUGUGUCCUGAGGAUCCAGAGGCUGAAGCAGCAGCAGCUUGUGUGUAGUCUCCAAUCUACACAACCCCUAAUCUGCAUGUGUUUGUGAGAUGAAGCCGGAGCACCUGGAGAAAACACGGGGAGAACAUGCAGACUCCACACAGGAAGACCCCAUCUGAACCGGAUUCAAACCAGCAACCUUCCUGCCCCCAUUGUGUUUAUUCACAUGAAGAAUGUGUUUAUAGAAAUGACACAACACAAGCAGAAUAUAUAAACCCUCUAUAAAGAGUCACAUAGAGUGUGUUUAAGUUUGUCUUUAUUAUUGUCCACCUUUGUCCCUCAGUAUGUCUCCAUGUGUGUAGAACCACAUUCUGUGUAUAUGUUUGUUUAUGAUCUUAAAGUUCCUGGAUUCACGUCACAAAUUGAUUUAGUUCAACACAAAGUUCAACACAUUGAAAUCACUUUGAGUUUAAAAUCAGAGUUUUGUCUUUGACACAAAAGAUCAAAACUCUGGACUUAAAAAUGGGACGUUUUCAUUUCUGCAUCAGGUGCAGAGCGGUGGUGGCUUUUCUACUUUUGACCCACAGGUGGCGCUGCAGUAUAACAGCAGCACAUCCCAGUCAAAGCCUUUAUAUUCAGUCUAUGAGUCAAACACAUGGAUCAUUUCCUCUGUGACAAACCAGAUGUAACGAGAAGAAAAACAUCUCAGAGAGAAAAGUUCUGUUUCUACUUGUCUCUGCUUUAAUGCUCAAUAAACAUCCUUCCACCGA